UGCGUUGGGCACUUAAGCACCGAUGUUUGUUUCCAUGCGCUCACUGGCCCUGUUGAGCUUGAGUCUGACGGCGACAGCUCUUUCAGGAGACGUGCCGCUCUGGGGCCGGAACCUCAGCCUUGCCGCACCGGAGCUGGCUCAGUCCGCGGCGAUAGGCAACGGCCGCAGCUUCUUCUACCUUGGGGCGCUGCUGGCUGUGGGAGAGCCAGAAGCUUCGCGCUCCGCGAGAUUCCAGGUGUCAGAGGAGGGCUCCAUCGAGUUCCAGUGGGCCCUCGGCUUGUCUCUGGCAGAAGGGCUGCCUGCGUUGGAUCGCCCGGCCCUGGCGUACUACGUGGGCUCCGAGAAGCACGAUCCCCUGGCCACGCUCGCCUUCUCCUACUACGUCUUCAACGGCCUGACCCUCGGUAGCUCCCCCUGGUGGCGGGGCACUGAAGCGGUGCCUUCCCUGAGCCGCGAACCACAGGAAGGCGAAGUGCCACUGCCCUUAUGCCAGCUCACGCUGCGGGCACUGCAAGAUGUGGCAGAGGCAGCCGCCAUGAAUGAGGACGGCGCCUCCGAUGCGGCUAGCGACUUGAACUUCUUUGUGCAGAACGCCUCGGAAGUGCGACGACUCAAGAAGGAACAUGCUGACUGGAUCCUGGCACGCUCCCGGGAUGGCUUCAAGAGCGCCGAACUAUCGGAAGCCGCGUAUUUUAUCCACGGGGACGCCGAUUUGGAGCUCCGGCCGGACGCCCUGCGCGCCGCUGCUUUGCUGGAGAGCGCAGCGGCCUCCAGCGGCGAAGCGGCGUACCUGGCCAUGCUGCUCCAAGCGAGAGAGGGUGACGAGGAGCAGAUACUGGACAAAGCCCAGCUGGUUAUCCAGGACCCCAAGGCUCCGUCGAUGCAAAAGGCUAUGGCCCAGCACUACCUCCACCGCUUCGGAGGCGCUGCGAACGCCACGCUGGCCGGGGCCUACCUGCUGGCGGCCGCGCAGCUGGGGGAGCCAAACGCCCAGCAGACGCUUGCCCACGCCUACGCGGGCCUGGGAGUUUCGGAGCUCUCAGGCGUGCAGGUGCCGGGAGCGCCCAACACAAACCGGGCUCUGCACUUCUACUCGCUGGCGGCGAAGCAGGGGAGGCCCGUGUCUGCCGUGAAUGCCGUCGCUUUGAUGCUUCGUCAACCUGGCGAGAUGACCAGCACCAGGUGCCGAAAGGCGGCGGAGACGCUGCGAGAGGUGGCCUUGGCCUACCACCCCGACGUCCUGCAACUCUACUCCCGGGCUCGGAAAGCCGCCCUGUCGGAUGCUUCCACGCCGGACGCGCUCUUGGCCUUCACGCUGCUCUCGGAGUUGGGCGCAAAGAACGCUCACACCAAUGCUGCAGCGCUGGCCAAAGAGACGCAGAGCCUUUGCUGGAGGCCGCAGCCCGCCUGUGAGAUAGACUACCUCCGCAGGGCUGCCUGGAGCGGCUCCACGGAUGCCAUGCUGCGCCUGGCCGCGCUGCUGCAGAGGACGAAGGACCUGGAGGGCGGGUGGCGCUGGACAAAGCGGGCGGAGCAAGCUGGCAGUGCGGAGGCGAAGCUCGCCGCAGGAUAUCUGCAGGCCUACGGCGUGGGCACAGAGCAAGACCUCAGCGGCGCCUGCAGCGCCUAUUGCAGCUUCUUGCGCGAGGAGGAGCCCUUGCUGGCACGAGGCCUGGCGUUCUUCCAGGUGUUGCGCUUGAGACUCGUCUCGGGCGACGCCUGCUGCGAUCUUCCCGACGCCGGGCCCUGGGCGCCCGUUGGCGCCAUGCUGGCCAUCGUGGCAAGUACCAGUGCAGCAGCAGCUUGCCUUUCCUGAGCGAAUGCUAGCUCUGGGCUGUGAGAUGUCAGAGAUUCCGGGAGUCUCUGACAACCGGAGGGGUCCAAAUUGAGGUUCUUUGCGUCAGUUGCCA